AGGCCUUUCCUUGCACUUUCAUCACCAAGUUACCAAGCUAUCUUUUAUAUUUUGUUUUGCAGUUGCAGCUUGAAAAAUAUUUGCAUUGUCAAGAAUGGCUUUCUCCAAGACUUUCCUUCUUCUUGGCCUCGCCUUUGCAGUUGUCCUUCUCAUCUCCUCCGAGGUGACUGCUCGUGAGCUUGCUGAGACCACCCAAGAAACCAACGUGGAGCUGUCUGACCAUAAAUAUGGACACGAACAUGGCCACGGUCACAAACAUGGCCACAAACACGGCCACAAACACCAUGGAGGACACCAUGGAGGGCACCCUGCUGAUGAGACAAAGGAGGUCGAAAACUGAAGCUAGAGGGAACUGGAGAAUCUCUGGUUUCUUACUAGGUCGAACAAGUUUUUACGUGUGUGCGUGUGUGUGAAUAAUAAGCGUGCGAGGAUGUGGACUUCAAUGUUUCAUAUAACAAAGAAAGCAUGCAUAUAAAUAUAUAUUUUGUCAUGA